AUGGAAUCCAACCCAGAUUUAGCAGCCUUGGCCCAACAAGUUCAAGCCCUUGUAACCACCAUUGAAGAACUCACCAAACAAAACCAGGAAAUGAAGCUACGACUCCAGCAGGUCCAACAGGCUCAACAGGAAGAAAACCAGUCCAAAGGCAACCUGGAAGGAGAAAGGGAUAGCCAUAGGAGAGGUACUCCGCAGAGGCCAACUACUCCGGACGAGCAGAACUCAGAUCUCCUUCGAGAAAUGAGGAAGGAGAUGGAUGAACUGAGGAGCGCCAUUAAGGAGAAGACGGACCGGAGCGUAGACAGAAUGGUAAAGGCUACGGACUCGCCUUUCACCACGGCGAUACUUGAAUGCCCUGUACCAUCAAAGUUUCGCUUACCUCAACUUGAGCCAUUCGACGGACUCAGAGACCCUCAGGAUCAUCUUAAUACCUUUAAGACGACUCUAGGUCUUCAACAACCACCUGACGAGAUAAUGUGUCGUUCAUUUCCUACCACUCUCAAAGGAGCUACAAGAGAAUGGUUCACAAAAUUGCCAACCUUGUCCGUAGACAACUUCGAGCAAUUAAGUAACGCCUUCUUGCACCAUUUCAUAAGGGGGCAACGACCAAAGAGGCCGGUAGACUACUUACUCACCAUUAGACAUGGAGAAAAGGAAACCCUGAGGUCAUAUGUCAAAUGCUUCACCCGGGAGACUCUGGAGGUGGACGAAGCCGAUGACAAGGUGCAACUGACAACCUUCAAAGUAGGACUGAGGUCUAGAGAUCUCGUGGCCUCCCUCGCAAAGAAUCCGCCAAAGACGAUGGCAAAAAUGCUCCUGAAAGUACAGAAGUACAUGAACGCUGAAGAUACUUUAGCGGCCAUAAAGGAUGCAGAGAAGCCAGGAGACAAGGCAAAGAAAAAAGACAACCGUAGGGGGCAAAAGAGAGAGCGACCAGACCAUCGGAACAAUGACGGGAAUAGGAGGAAGGAUGAUAAAAGUCCUUGGACGAUCAAGGAUGAGCAUUACCUCAAAUGGUCAGGACCAUUGCACUCAUCCCCCAAUGUCCGUGAUAAGAACAAGUACUGCCGAUUCCACAAAAAUCACGGCCACAACACGGAAGAUUUCAGAGACCUAAAGGAGCAGAUAGAGGAGUUGAUACGUAAAGGGAAGUUAUAG